AUGAUGAAGUACCGUAUCGGAGUGGAUGUUGGAGGAACGAACACGGACGGCGUCCUUAUCGAUCCAACUCGCGCAGCCGAACAGAGCCGUGGCGUUCUGGCAUUCCAUAAAGUUCCCACUACGGUAAACGUAUCGGAGGGCAUUGAAGCAGCUAUCCGACAAGUUCUCCACUCGAGUGCUUCAGAUCCGUCAGAAGUUGCAUGCGUAAGCAUUGGUACCACGGCGUUCAUCAACGCCGUGCUAGAAGCUGAUCCUCGAAGACUGUGCAAGGUAGCAGUAAUUCGGAUAUGUGGACCAUAUACUCGACAGGCGCCGCCGUUUCUCGAUUUUCCAAGGCGAUUGAAGCGACUGAUGGAUGGGCACAUUGGUUACAUUGAUGGUGGUAUUGAAAUUGAUGGACGGCCGAUAGUACCAAUAUCCGAAGAGCAAAUACAGGGACAGUGUGAAAUCAUCAAAUCAAAGGGCUUGUCCAACAUAGUACUCUCGGGUGUAUUUUCUCCUUUAGAUAAUGGCGGCACCAACGAGUACGCUGUGCGAGACACUAUUGUCCGAAUACUGGGACCCGCCGUCAACGUGGUAUGCUCUCGCGACGUCGGUCAACUCGGUUUGAUUGAACGCGAGAACGCGUCUAUUCUCAAUGCGUCUAUCCUCACUUAUGCCCAACGUACGAUAAGAGGCUUUUCUCGCGCCAUGCUCGCCCUCAAUAUCGCUGCGCCUGUAUAUAUUACGCAAAACGAUGGCAGUCUCACAACCGCAGCAAAGGCGGCUAAACUUCCUAUCAGAACCUUCGCGUCCGGCCCUACCAACAGCAUGCGCGGCGCUUCGUUCCUCGCCGGGCUUGAUCAUCAACGAGGCGUGGGUCAGCCAGCGAUUGUUAUUGACGUAGGCGGGACAACUACUGAUAUCGGGGUCCUCCUGCCCACGGGUUAUCCUCGACAGGCGGCUUCGUAUAUCGAGAUCGCCGGAGUUCGCACUAAUUUUGCAAUGGCUGACGUUCAAUCCAUCGCUUUGGGAGGUGGCUCGAAAAUACGUCAGGCUGAUUCCGGAGCGAUUGUCGUUGGACCCGAUUCUGUUGGUCAUCAGAUACAGUCGGAGGGGAUGGUUUUUGGCGGGAACAUACUGACUACAACCGAUAUCAUCGUUGCUGCCGGAAAGGCGAGGGUAGGGGAUCCAUCGACAGUGUCCCAUCUGGAUCGUACUCUCGUCGAGAAGAGCAUAGCUACUAUCAACAAGCAUCUGGAACGUAUAAUUGAUAGGAUGAAAGUGUCUCCCGAGGACAUCAAUGUUUUGCUAGUUGGUGGAGGUGGCAUCAUUGCGCCUGACAAGUUAAGCGGGGUAUCACAGAUAAUUCGCCCCCCAUUCUUCGAUGUUGCCAAUGCUGUUGGAGCAGCUAUGGCCAAAGUAUCCUACGAAAUUGACACCAUCGUCGAAAUAAAGCAAAAGCCGUUACCCGAGAUCAUGGACAAGCUGAAAUCGUUAGCGAUCGAGAGUGCAAUCGCAGCAGGUGCCGAACCAUCAUCUACACGAAUUGUCGAGGUUAACAAUCUCCCGGUGAACUAUGUCACCAAUCAGUCAACUCGCGUUAUCAUCAAAGCAGCUGGUGACUUAUCCCCUUCCCCCACUCACAUCCUAGACGCUGUGGAAUCCGAGCGCCGUUAUGGAGAUGAGGUGCUGGACAACGGCACCGAACCUAUUAACGAACAUUUAGAAGCCCCUGAAGCCCCUGUCGAUGUGAACACAUAUCGCCCAACUAUUCGGGCUGACAAGGUCUGGGUCUUGUCAGAGAUUGAUCUUGAGUGGAUUGGGGAAGGAUGCAAUAUACUUGGAGCUGGUGGCGGUGGUCCUUCCUACCCAGCGUUUCUAAUGGUAAGGCAACUGCUUCGUGAAGGGAAAUCGAUACUGGUGGUUGACGCCGAAAAUGUGCCAGAAGACGCGUUAUUCGCUAGAUGCUGCUUCAUGGGUUCGCCUAGUGUUUCGAGCGAACGCAUUCAAGGUGGCGUCGAGAUCCCCGCCGCGAUGCAAGCGUUGAAACAAUUCAUGGGCUUCGAUGAUUUCUUCGGGACAAUCAGUGACGAGAUAGGGGGAGGAAAUGGCAUCCAGCCGUUAAUCAUGUCGGGAAUGUUGGGUAAAGUCACGAUAGAUGCCGAUCUUAUGGGAAGAGCCUAUCCACACAUGUGGCAAUCUCUUCCCGGAGUUUUUGGUAUUGAGAAUGGGCUGUUCCCCGUGGCACUUGCCGAUGGGGUCGGCAAUGCUCUAGUCAUGGGCCGAGCAAGAGAUGGAUCAGCAGUCGAAACAGUCCUCCGCGGUGCUUGCACGGAGAUGGGAAGCAAAGCUGCAGUAACAUUCCCCCCUCUGACACGCCUGACUUGUCAGAAAUACGGUGUUGCACACACGGUGUCACAGGCCUGGAGAAUGGGACGCGCCGUAGCUCUUCGUCGCCAACAAAGUAACAUACGAGACGUAGUCGCUGGACUUUUAGAGCUCCAGAAUGGGGCAUGCUUAUUCACUGGUAAGAUUGUGGAUGUCCGAAGGGAGGUGCGCAAAGGCUUUACGUGGGGCGAGGUAGUGAUUGCUCCGUUGUCCAACGAUGAACUUGAAUACACUGGUGCUAUUUCCACGCACCAAAUCACUUACGGCGCCGACGCUAGAUUGAUCGUCCCUUUCCAGAACGAGAAUAUCUACGCGUACGUUGAGACAUCUGGAUCUGAAGCGAAGGAGAUAGUCGCGGUUGUCCCGGAUCUGAUCACUGUCCUUGAUUCUCAGAAAGGUGUUGCAUUGGGGACCCCCGACUAUCGAUAUGGUCUGCGUGUCACGGUCAUAGCUCUCGCCGGAGAUGAAAAAUGGUCAAAAACUGAGGCGGGGCUGAAUGGAGGGGGUCCAAAGGCGUUUGGUCUGGACGAUAUUCUGUAUAAAUCCGUAGGGGAGUACAAAGAGCCGCGGGGCGUGAUCGAAGAGUACGCGUAA